AUGGUCGAGUGGUCAAAUGGAUGGGCUUUGAGUGAGGAAUAUCUUNCUGGUGUAGUCGUGGACAUGUUUUGUACCUCGGUGAUAGACGUGGCUAACGAGUUUGGUGUUCCGUGUUACUUGUUUUACACCUCGAACGUUGGGGUUCUCGCACUUGGACUUCACGUCCAGAUGUUGCACGAUAAGAAGGAAUACAAUGCCACCGAAACUGAUUUUGAGGACUCGGAAGCCUUGUUGGACGUUCCAAGUUUGUCUCGUCCUUAUCCGGUGAAGUGUCUUCCUUACGGUUUGGGAACGAAAGAGUGGCUUCCUAUGUUUGUAAACCAAGCGAGAAGGUUCAGAGAGAUGAAAGGCUUUUUGGUAAAUACUUUUGCUGAGCUUGAACCUUAUGCGUUGGAGUCUCUCCUCUCGAGUGGUGAUACUCCUCGUGCUUACACAGUGGGACCAAUAUUGCAUCUCGAGAACCAUGUUGGCAGUUCAAAAGAAGAGAAAGGUUCGGAGAUAUUACGGUGGCUUGACGAGCAACUACCUAGGUCGGUAGUGUUCCUCUGUUUCGGAAGCAUAGGAGGCUUUCGUGAGGAACAAGCAAGAGAAAUCGCUAUCGCCCUUGAGCGAAGCGGUCACCGUUUCUUGUGGUCUCUCCGCCGUGCAUCUCCCCAUAUAGAAAAGGAACUUCCCGGGGAAUUCAAGAAUCUUGAAGAGAUUCUCCCUGAAGGAUUCUUUGAGCGGACAAAGGAUAUAGGAAAAGUGAUUGGAUGGGCGCCACAGGUGGCCGUGCUAGCUAAGCCAGCGAUAGGAGGUUUUGUCACUCACGGCGGGUGGAACUCGAUCCUCGAGAGUCUUUGGUUCGGUGUUCCGAUGACACCAUGGCCGUUAUACGCAGAGCAAAAAUUCAACGCUUUCAUGAUGGUGGAGGAGCUUGGCUUAGCCGUGAGGAUAAGAAAGUAUUGGCGAGGCGAUCAGAUGGUGGGAGCCGCCACGGUCAUGGUGACGGCAGAGGAG